AUGUACGGCAGUCGCGCCUUCGGUCCGGGCGGACGAGGCGACAUGGCAUCGCGCUCCUCUCAGAUGGGGAACAACCAGCUCGGCUCUAGUCAACUCGGCGCCGGCCAGCUGAGCUCGAGCCAGCUCAGCAACCAGAGCGGAGGUGGCAAUGGCGGCGCCGGCGGGGCUGGCCCUCCUCUGCUGCUCGACAAUCUUGCUCAGCAUCUCAACAAUCCCCCCGCGCCUUCCAACCCGCCUCCUUCUUCUCAGGCCAACUUUCCGCCUCCUCCCGGCGUUCCCGGAGGCGGCAACACACCCGCGCCUGGCACUGGCAAGCUGCUGCUGCUGCCCAACGGCAACCCUCCGCCCGCCGGGAGUGAGGAGGAGAAGAUUUACCACCUCAUCACCGAGCUGUUGGACCCCGAGACGCGCGAGACGGCGUUACUCGAGCUGAGCAAGAAGCGUGAGAUGUACGAGGACCUCGCACUCGUGCUCUGGGGAGGAUUCGGCAUCAUGAGCAGCCUGCUUCUCGAGAUCGUCAACGUGUACCCGUCGCUCUCGCCCCCCGUCCUGACGGCGCACGCAUCAAAUCGCGUCUGCAACGCUCUCGCGCUCCUGCAGUGCGUUGCGAGCCACUCGGAGACUCGCAGCCUGUUCCUUAACGCGCACAUCCCGCUCUUCCUCUACCCGUUCCUCAACACGACGUCCAAGACGAGACCUUUCGAGUACCUGCGUCUCACGUCCCUCGGCGUUAUCGGCGCGCUGGUCAAGCAGAACGACAACUCGGACGUCAUCAACUUCCUGCUCUCGACCGAGAUCAUCCCCCUGUGUCUCCGCAUCAUGGAGACCGGGUCCGAGCUGUCCAAGACGGUCGCCAUCUUCAUUGUUCAGAAGAUCCUCCUCGACGACCUUGGCCUGCAGUACAUCUGCCAAACGUACGAGCGAUUCUACGCCGUUGGCGCCGUUCUCUCUAACAUGGUGUCGGCGCUCGUCGAGACGCAGGCCGUCCGUCUCCUCAAGCAUGUUGUCAGGUGCUACCUGCGCAUGAGCGACAACCCCCGCGCCCGCGAGGCUCUCCGCGCAUGCCUCCCUGAGCCGCUUCGCGAUGGCACCUUCGCCGGCCUCCUCAAGGGCGAUCUCGUCACCAAGAGAUGCCUGCAGACCCUGCUCGUGAACCUCAACGAGCGUUCCGAGUGA